CCGUCCGGGGGCCGUCGGCUGAGCUCAACGGCUUUCUCCUGUGCUGCGUGCGCAUCGUGCGGCGGCCGCUGUGGGCGCAGACCCCGACGAAACGGCAGAAAAUUUGAAAUUCCUCUCGCUCCUCGCCGCUGCACGCCUGCACCAUGCCGCAUCUCCUGUCAUGUUGUGUCAUGUGUGCACCACGAAGCGCAAAACUCCAAUCCACGCAUCCGGAAGCUCUACCCCUCAAACACCACCGCCGCAUCGGUUCGCCGUUAGCCGGUCACCUCGCCUCUCUCCUCCCCCACCGCGUCCGAAUCCCAUGGGGCUCUGUUUCAGCAAGAAGCAGCAAGCGAAGCGCCGAGACGAGCAGCCGUCCAGUGACGCCAAGAAGAGCAGCCGCCGGAAAUCCGGCAGCGACACCGUGCUUGUGGCCGAUGCCAAAAAGGCGCCUCAGGCAAAGGCGCCGGCGCCGCCCAAGAAGGCUGUAGCCAGGCCGGAGGAGCUGGCAGCCGACAAGAGGACGGUGUUCGUCGUCAAGGCCGCGGCGGCGGCGGCGGCCGCCGAGGUCGCAGCCGCCGCGAAGGGCGGGUCCGAGGAGGCGGAGGCGAAGAGGGAGGCGCCGGAGGAGGAGCCGAUGCCCGUCGCCGUCGCCGUGGCCCGGGCGCCGGUGCGGACGUCGAGCUGCACCAAGGAGGAGGUGGACGCGAUCCUGAUCCAGUGCGGCCGCCUCAGCCGGACCUCGUCGGCGUCGGGGAAUCCGCCAUCGGGCGAGCACGGCGGCGGGCGCCGAAGGUACGCCGGAUCCAAGCGGAGCUAUGACUUCGACCACGGCACGAGGGGCGGUGGCGGCGACGUCGACGAGUGCGAUUGGGGCAGGGAGGGGGCCGCGGUGACCAGGCCCUCCCCGCGCCGGAGGACGCCGGAGCGGAAGCGCUCAUCGAGCCACGAUGGCCGCACUGGCGGCGGGAGCGGGAGCGGGAGCCGGAGCCGGAGGAUUAGCCGGUCGCCGGGGCGGCGCGCGGACGUCGUCCCCGCCGCGGGGAGCUCCGAAACCGGCGAGCGAGGGGCGAGGCAGCAUCCUGGCAAGAUGGUGUCGGUCCCGGCCAGGGAGAAGGGGCGCGCGCAGUCGCCCGUGAAGGCUGCUUCGUCUGGCAAGAGAUACCCAUCGCCAAGGUCGAACUCGCCCGCGAGGGCAGCGGCCUCGGGGAACGAGAAUGCCGGGGUGCAGUCGACGCACGGGCCGUCGCUGAGCCGCAACUCCUCGAAGAAGGCCGAGCAGUCGCCAUUCCGUCGCAACCCCAUGGCGGAACUCGACGAGAAUGCGCUCGGCAACAACCACCAUCACAGCAACGGCAAGCCUGUAAAGAAAUCCGCUGAUGGUGCCAUUGCAUUGCCACAGAAGACUGCGGAGCGGGCAAAGGAUCAGAUCCCCAGCUGCCGAACAACUGCGAAGGAGAAGGAAAUUGUGGAGGAGGCCGUGGCUUCGGACACCAGAGCAGCGCCCGCAAGGAUGAAGGCGACCCACUCGGUGAGUAUUGUGGCUGAGAACGUCACCAAUCCGAGGCCGGGGAGCCGGUCGUCGAGGCGGUCCUCGCGUGACUUCGAGCACAACGACAACACCUACGCAUCCCUGCUACUGGAGGACAUCCAAAACUACCACCAGCAGAGCGCCAGCGCUGCCACCGCCACUGCCACUCCAGCGCCGACCUUGGCGCUCCCAGCGUGCGUGUCGAAUGCCUUCUCGAUCCUUGAAGCUGUCGCCAACCUCAACUCCUCGUCGCCCGACAACAAGAGCUUCGAGCUGGAGAGGUCGGUCAACGACAAGGAAUCCUUCGUCAACGGGAGGUACGGCGGCAAUGGUGCGAGCACCACCCUCGUGGUGGAGUCGGAGGUCGGCGUGAAGGACGACCUCAUGGAGCCGAGCAUGCACAAGUACGUCUCCGUGCGUGACAUCCGUGGGGAGAGGAGGGAGACCGAGCCGCAGGAGUCUGCGGGGAGCAACAGCUUUGCCAGUGACGCCUGGACGUGCUCGUGGGAGCCCAAGUCCGUUGACUCCACAGACCGGACCAGGAGUAGGACGGCCUCGAAGUCGUACAACGGUGACAAGGUGGAGCAGUCGUGGCAGAGCAAGCAGAAGCUGUCGUCAUCCCAGGAGCCCAGCCACCGUGGUUCUACUAGCAAUGUUUAUGCUUAGCGUCCAGCUAAAUAUCGAGAGUGUAUUGCUUCCAAUCGUACUUCGUUUUAGUUUUGUUUACGGUGCAACAGUUUUUGUUGUCAACUCUUUCUUGGAAUUCCAUCAUCAAAACUAAUCAAAAUUGCGUUCAUAGUUCA